AUGGGCACCGACAGUCGCGCGGCCGGGGCGCUCCUGGCGCGGGCCCGCACCCUGCACCUGCAGACGGGGAACCUGCUGAACUGGGGCCGCCUGCGGAAGAAGUGCCCGUCCACGCACAGCGAGGAGCUUCGAGAUUGCAUCCAAAAGACCCUGAAUGAAUGGAGUUCCCAAAUCAGCCCUGAUUUGGUCAGGGAGUUUCCAGAUGUCUUGGAAUGUACUGUACCUCAUGCAGUUGAAAAGAUAAGUCCCGAUGAAAGAGAUGAAAUGAAAGUUUCUGCAAAACUGUUCAUGGUAGCAUCAAAUUCUUCAUCAUCAACUAAAAAUGCAGUUGACAUGGCCUGUUCAGUCCUUGGAGUUGCACAGCUGGAUUCUGUGAUCAUUGCUUCACCUCCUACUGAAGAUGGAGUUAAUCUUUCCUUGGAGCAUUUGCAGCCUUACUGGGAGGAAUUACAAAACUUAGUUCAGAAUAAAAAAAUUGUUGCCAUAGGUACCUCUGAUCUGGACAAAACACAGUUAGAACAGCUGUAUCAGUGGGCCAAGGUCAAACCAAAUAGUAACCAAGUUAAUCUUGCCUCCUGCUGUGUGAUGCCACCUGAUUUGACUGCAUUUGCUAAACAAUUUGACAUACAGCUAUUGACUCAUAAUGACCCAAAAGAACUGCUUUCUGAAACAAGUUUUCAAGAAGCUCUUCGGGAAAGCAUCCCUGACAUUCAAGCGCAUGAGUGGGUGCCACUGUGGCUACUGCGAUAUUCAGUCAUUGUUAAAAGUAGAGGAAUUAUCAAAUCAAAAGGCUACAUCUUACAAGCUAAAAGAAGGGUUCCUUAG